AUGUCAGAAACAGGCGGGAAGGCAGCUUCGGAAGCACCUAAACCGGCAGAGAGCGAAAUCCCGAAAACAGACGGAACGGCCAAGAAGAAUGCUCCUAAAGUCAAGAAGCAGUGGAAGAACCCAGCGUUAAGAAUGAUGGGGAUCCCCAGAUUCUCGCUUCCUUCCAGAAAUUGGAUGAUAUUUUGGACUGUGUUGGCUUCGAUUGGUGGAGGGAUAGCUUACGAUAAAUACCAGCAGAAACAAAUCCGUAAGAAGUGGAUGGAUCAGGUGGAACAGUACAGUACUGAGGUGUAUGCCAAUGACAGGAUCCCUAGGAAGCUUACCAUUUUCAUUGCACCACCUCCAAAUGAUUUCUUGGACGAAUCAUUGAGGUACUUCAAGCGUUACAUUAAGCCUGUAUUGAAUGCCAGUGCCGUUGACUACGAAGUGUUCACAGAGAACAGACAAGGAGAUAUAAGAAACGGAGUAGCUGAGAAGAUAAGACAGCUAAGAAGAGAGCAGAAGAAGAAGAGUGGAGAUAAUGCUUCAGGAGACAGCGAUAAGACGAAGAGCGCUGAAAAGAAGAGCAAUGGCUCGUAUAUUGGCAGCGGGCUCACUUGGAACAAGAAGGAAGAUCCCUUGGACGAACCAACCAAGACUCGUCAAGAACUUUACCAGCCAACAGAUGUUUUGGGAUUGUACAGAAUAGUCAAGCCAUUUGAUUCGGUUCAGAGAGACGAUGCCGUCAGCCCAGAAAGCGCUGGAGGUGUUGUUUGCAUUGGUAGAGGUGCGUACAAGGAGUACAUCACUGGAGUGCACGAAGGUUUGCUCGGUCCUUUGGACAAGCCAGAAGAGAAGGUAGAAGUAGAUGCAGAGGGAAAUAAGGUACCAGCAGACUUUUCUAUCCCAGAUGAACAGGAGGAUGAUGAGGAUAAGAGAGAACCAGUGCCUAAGCCAUUUAUAUCUCCAGCAGACUACUCCAAGGCUGAACUUGCGCCUGAGUUGAAUUUGACUCAAAUCAUCAGGAACGAUAAAAACGUUCCAGUUUUAUUCGAACAGCCGGUUUAUGUUUUCCCAGUGCCCAACAUAUUGGGAUUCUUGAAUUUACCUAGGAAGAUAUAUAGGUUUUAUACCAAGAGGUACGUCGCUGAAGACUACUGUGAGAGAACGUCCACGAUAGUGGUGGCCAAUACUUCUCGACCAUUUGAGUUCAGGGAUGCAUUCAUGGGGAAGGAAGAAGAGCUCGACUGGCCCAAGAAGUGGGUUGAAAGAGGAAAGGAAAAGGGAUCUGAGUGGGCCCAAGAAUUGGAGGUGGACGAAAGAGUUACGUCGAGAAUGAAGGUUUUUGACAGGAUUGUCGAAACCAGUGAGUAG